ACUUCCGGGCCAGUGGCCGGACAUGGGCGGCGGUUUACCGGGUGACCGCGGCGCUGCCCGAGGCCAGAGACGGAGUCCAGCUACUGUGAGCCGAGAUUCCUCGAGCCUCUCCCGGGGACAUGGGGGCGCGCCCUGCCUGGUCUCCGCCACGCUCGCCUUGCGCCCGGGUCUGACGGAGCUGGGCAGCCAUGAGCGCCAACCCCCAGUGGGACAUCAGUAGGGCGCUGGGGGUGGCCAGGCUCUUCCAUCUGCUGUGUGGGGUCCGGGAUGCCUGCGCGGCCCCGUUCCUGACGCUCUACCUGAGGCAGCUGGGCUUGGCCGCGCCCUGGGUGGGCAUCCUAAUGGGAAGUAAGUUCCUAGUGGCAGCCUGCUGGGGUCCCUUGUGUGCCUUCCUGGCCAAAAGCUGCCAGAAAAGGAGAGUGUUUCUGGUAGGCUCGCUGCUGGGCUCGGCGGGAGCCAGCCUGUUGAUGGUCCUGGUCCCUCCGCUGCACAGGGACCACCGCUCUUGCAAUGGAAGCGGCAGCGCGGCCACCACAGUCCUACCACCAGCUGUCACGCUCACUGUGACCUCAGCUCACCCUGCAGGGCUGCCCAGCCUCCCAGCCAGGAGGAGGAGGUCGGGAGGUUCGGAGGCCUCUGACUUCACAGUUGGACCUGCAGAAAGUGAUCAGGAAACUUUGGAGGGGCUGCGUUUAGUGAGCUCCCUUGAAGGAGCUGGGACCACACCCCGAGUUCUGCGACCCAUCACUUCGGGAGAGACAGACAGUUUCGGGGCAGGUGCUUCUGAGGCGGUUGAUCCUGCCCUCCUGCUUCCUCAGGACGCUACGCUGGGCGGUCCAGCCAAUGUGUCAGAGGUCAAGGGGGAAGCCGGGUCCCUUGAGCUCUCCUCAGAAGGACUGCAGUGGACUAUCCUCCUCGCCUUUGGCUUCAUGGUUGUCUGGGAACUGCUGACAGCCCCUCUGGAGCAGGUGGCCAGCGAUAGCCUUUAUGAAUACCUGGAUUUUGUGGACGCCACUGACCGGUACAGAAGUCUGGGGCUCUGGAGAUUACUGGGCAUGGUGGCAGGUGUAUGUGGCAUCGCAGCCUUGAUGGGGCAGUUGGACUGCUUCCUGACUGCAAGUGGCACUCAGGGUGUGGUGUGCUUUUAUGGCUACUCACUGGUCAGCACUGUGUGCUUUCUGGUGAGCACUGUGUUUCCUGUCCCCACCUACCAGCAGCAGGAGCCUGGCUACAAAACCAUCAAAGCACUGUCUCUCCUAGGGGGUGACCCCCACCUCCUCCUCCUGGCCCUCACUGUUGUUUUGAUAGGAAUUGUCACCAGUGCGGUGCAGAACUUUCUUUUCUGGCACAUGGAGGACCACGGCAGCAGUGCACUGGUCAUGGGCUUCUCGGUGGCUCUCGGCUUGCUGGGGGAAAUUUUGCUCCACCCAUUUAAAACUGUGCUGCUUCGGAAACUGUCUAGGGUGGGUGCAGUGGGACUGGGCUUGGGGUGCCUCGCCGGGCAGCUGCUGUAUUACUCUUUCCUCUGGAGCUGGUGGUCGGUCUUCCCUAUUCAGAUCCUGAGUGCCAUCAGCUCUGGGGUUCUGUGGUGGGCUGUGGAAGCCUCCAUGGAGAGCCUGGCCACUCCUGGCACGGAGAGGCCUCUGAGUACCGUGUUCCGAGGCCACUUCCACGGGGGUGGCUGCAGCCUGGGCAGUUUUAUGGGGGGUUUCCUGGUGAUGCGCUUCAACCUGGCUGUGUUCUACCGCAUCUGCUGUGUGAUCCUGUUGCUCUGGCUGUCUGUGUUCCUGUCCAUCCAGCCCAGGCUGCCCCAAGAGCGGAAGAUCAACUAUUCCAAGCUGCUGGCCGUGGAAGAGAGUGAUACCAGCGACUCUGAGCCAGGGUCAGAAAGGGACUGGCUGGUGAAGGCCAUGAGGGAGGAGCCCUCAGACUGCAGAGGCUGAGAGAAGGUUAGGGAAGGAACUGAUGGGUUGGACAAAAUUUACUUUGUUGAGGACAGAAUCCCAUCUGAGUUGCAAGGACCUUGGGGGGAGAGAUGGCGCUUCCAUGCUGAAGCUAUAAUUCUCUGUACUUUUCUAGUGAAAGGUGAUCUGACUUUUUUUGUCAUUAAAUCAUUUUAAAAUAA